CAGGAACACAAUGACAGAGUCCGUCCGAUAGAGCAACAUGCGGUAUUCUGGAUAUUUUAUAUGGAUUUUAUUCUCCUCAUGGGGAAUAACUGCAGCCAGUGUGAGUCUACCUCAUGUGAUGAAGUAUCAAACAAUCAUACCUCAGAAAUUGAUGGACUCAUCUCAUGUCACUAACUCUACUACAGAGCAGACAUACCCUGAUGUACUCCAGUACUCCUUGACAAUUGGAGAACAAAACUACACUCUUCACCUGGAAAGGAACAAAAAUCUUGUUGCAAAGAACUUUUCUUUGACCCAUUAUUCAGAGGAGGGCAUUCAAGUUACAACUACUCCAGAUCUCAGGGGUCACUGCUACUACCAUGGACACGUAGUGGGAGUAGAGGACUCCUCUGUCAGCGUGGGACUGUGCUCAGGAAUAAAGGGGUUUGUGCGUCUCCAGGACCAGAUGUACCUCAUCGAACCUCUUCUUGAGACAGGACAGAGGGAUACAGGAAACAGCUCUGAGACACAAAGUGAUGAGGGUCUCCAUGCCAUUUACAACUACAAACACCUGAGGACGAAGAGAAGCUCUUGUUCCCAUGGAAACACAACCACUUUCUAUGAUCAUGGCGCUCGUCCGUCUGGACUGUUCCAGCUUGGCAGUCUGAAAAGUAGAGCUCAAACUAAAGAGACUACACUCAAACCCAGGACGGUGGAGCUGGUUGUGGUAGUUGACAACAAAGAGUAUAAAAAGUUUGGCAGUAAGAAGACCGUUGAGGCUAGAAUCCUGGAAAUAGCAAACCAUGUGGACAAGCUGUAUCGCCCUGUCGGUAUUCGUGUAAUGCUCGUCGGACUGGAUAUCUGGUCAUACAAAGAUCAGGUAGAGGUCAGCACUAAUCCAGAGGUUACCCUCGCACGCUUCCUCGAGUGGCGUCAACGGAGUCUGCUGCCCAGGACCAAACAUGAUAAUGCACAGUUCAUCACAGGUGUGGAUUUUGAAGGUUCCACUGUUGGAUUAGCAAACACUAAUGCGAUGUGCACUUCUAACUCUGGAGCUGUCAAUGAGGACCACAACAGUAACUCAAUAGGAGUGGCCUCUACUAUUGCACAUGAGAUGGGUCAUAACCUAGGAUUAUCGCAUGAUACUGAAAACUGUGUGUGUGGCUCCUUCACAUCAAAAAAAGGCUGCAUCAUGGCUGAAAGUGUUGGUAUUGUGUAUCCAGAGGUGUUUAGCAGUUGCAGUCAGCAGCAGCUCAGCAGGUUUCUGGAUGAAGUUAACCCUGCCUGUCUGCUUGAUACUCCCUCGACUGAUCGGGUUUACGGAGGACCUGUGUGCGGAAAUGCCUUCCUGGAGCCUGGAGAAGAGUGUGACUGUGGUACUGUAGAGGAAUGUAAGAAUCCUUGCUGCAAUGCUACUACGUGCAAACUGAAUGCAGAAGCCCAGUGUGCAGAGGGAGAGUGCUGCCAUAAUUGUCAACUGAAAGCGACAGGCAGCGUCUGCCGACCAAAAGCAGGCGAGUGUGACCUGGCAGAGUACUGCACAGGUCUGAGUGCCUCCUGUCCUACUGACGCCUACACUCAGAAUGGCCUGACCUGCAACCGUGGACAGGGGUACUGCUACAAUGGGCAAUGUCCCUCACGGCGAAAACACUGCAAGAGACUUUGGGGACCAGAUGCUGAAGUAGCUGUAGAUAUGUGUUUCCAACGGAAAGGAAACUGCAAAAGGACAGUGUUUGGCCAGAAAUGCCCAGGCCGAGAUCAAUCCUGUGGUACACUUUUCUGCACAGGUGGGUGGGAGUUCCCAGUAACAUCCAGGAAAUCCUACUACAAUGUAGGAAAUACAGUAUGCAACGAGGCAACUAUGAACCCUGAGGACAACUACCCUUCAGAUCUGGGCUUGGUGCCCACUGGUACCAAGUGUGGCAACAACAUGGUUUGCUAUAAUCAAAAAUGCCAAGACAUUAAAAACAUCAGAGUGUAUGGAACAAAAGACUGCUCGGCCAAAUGCAACAACCACGGGGUUUGUAACCACGAGAGCAAGUGUCACUGUGACCCCGGCUGGGCCCCACCUUACUGUAAUGUCCGACAGUCAGAGCUGCCUCAAGGGGCAGGUCUGGUGUUUGCUGUGUCAUUGGCAGUGGGCACACUUCUGCUGUUGGUCCUGGCUAUCGGAAGUUUGAUGUAUUUCAUGAGAAAGAGGCGCCCUGUAAAGAGAUAUCUCCGAUCUACCUCAGGACAGUCCAACCCACUGUUUCACUCAGGCAGUGCACGAAGCAGCCCUCGUCUUGGCUCCACAUUUAUCAGCCAUCCUACAUUUGUGGAAUCAUCAGCCACCCAAGCCUGUAAACCACUGUCUGCAGCUGCAUUCAGACCUCCUACCAGAACAUUUAAACCCAUCAGAGCAGCUCCAGAGCCACCCAAAAAAGUGCCAGCAGAGCCUCAGCUAGUAGCAAAGAUUCAACAGGUUGUGCGACCGUUCAUGCUGCCACCAUCCUUUCCAAGCAAGCCAGUCUAUUCUGAGGCUAAACCACUACCUCCAUCUAGACCUCUACCGCCACUUGCAACAAAACCGAUAAUGAAGCCAAAGCCUCCUAUGCCUCCGGUCAAGUCGAAGCCCUCUGUGGUCCCUCUGCCUCACACUCAGCUGCUUGCAGGUAGAGUUGCCCUGAUGCCCCCCAGCAGACCCAGAUGACAGAGGGAAUCAUUCAUUCUGGCGUGAACACUGAAAUCCUCUGACAGAGGACGCUGUUGCCGUCUCACCUAGAGGGGCUUUAAAGACCUUCCCAGGAGAUGUUUAUCUGCAUUGAUGUGGAAACCAGGUCCACUGAAGGAUCAGCAACACCUGAUAGGUCCAUACCUGUCAGUUAUGGUCUCCCUGAGGAUUACAGCGGUCUGUAUGUUGCUGUCAGUGCGCUGAUUAAUACCUAAAGCCAUGAUUUACAGAUUCAACUUUUUGUGCUUUAUAAAUGACAAAUGGCUACGUUGCCAUGAUUACAGUAUAUAUUUAGAUUUUCUUUAAGGGAAAGGUUUCUCUGCCUUGAUCGUGGCAUACGUGAACAUUUUAUGAAGCAAUUGCACUAUUGAUGCUGUAACUGUUUUACUAACUGUAAUCAUUACUGCACAUUGUUUUGGUACUGCUUUUCUGCAAAAUAUGUUAUUAUUAAGGGAUUUUAAAUGUGGCACCAACAUGGGCACUUUACUGAUGUUUUAUUGAUGAGAUUAACAGAAAAUGUAUGAAUGGAUGAUGUUUUUUAUACUGUGUUGAUGUUUUUAUGUCGUAAUUGUUCAAGGGAUUUAACAUUGCAUAUUCUAUGCAGCAGCCAUAUCAGAUACCAAUGGUGGUCUUCAAUUAGAGUGAUUACUCCUUCAUCCUGCAAACUUUUGAACUGAAAAUCCAUUUGAAAAGUUAUUUAUUGACAUUUCUGUCUGUGGAAUUAUGUUUACAAUAAA